AUCUGGAAGGAGAGAUGAUUAUUACCAACUCCAAACCAAAACCAAACCCCUUCAUAUUUAUUAAAAACAUAUAGUCUUCUUCUCCUUCUUUCUUCUCUAUCUCUCCCCAAAUAAAACAAAAUUCACUACUCAAAUGUUUCUAAGAGCCUCCAUUUCCAACACCAAAAAAUUCUUCAAGAAAACCUUAUGCAACUUCAAAUCCUUCUUUUCCAAUAGCUACCAUAGGCUCCCCGAGGCGGCGCCGCCCUUCCUCGCCGUCUCGGAAAUGGACAAAGAUUCAACCUUUCAUUUCAUUCCAUCCCAACAAGAGGUGCAAAAUGGAAGCUUUAUGAAGAAUAACAAUCCCAAUGCUGCACUUCAUUUUUCGAAGAACACGAUGGACCAAACCCGGAAGGAAAGAGUUGAGAAAAAUGAAGAUGGCAUCAAAAUUGAAGCUACCCAUCAAAGGAAAACGCAAGAAAAUUUGGAAUGUUGUAGUUGGAAGAGAAGAAUGUGUUUGGUUGCCAAGAAACUGAAAGAGUUGGAAAAGGUAGAUGCUAGAAAUGUGGAUCAUGCUAUGGAUAUUCAAGAAGUUCUUCAUUACUAUUCUCGUCUCACUUCUCCAACAUUUCUUGAGAUUGUGGAUAAAUUCUUCGUGGACAUUUUUGCUGAAUUUAAUUCUGCCCAUUCCUCUUCCAAACCAUCUCACUUCACUCGGAUUCACGAGAAUUGAAUUAAAUCUUUGAUUCCGAAGUCGAUAAAAACUUGCUUGAUCCUUUUUUCCAGGAUUGUAAUCCAAAUUUGAUUGCGUGUGUAUUUAUGUUAUUAUGAUUCAUAAAUUUUAGUUUAAUUUGAAUGGUUAUGAAUCAAUAAUACAUUAUUGAUUAUUGAAUCA